CGCUCGGAGAGAACGCUUAUCCAGCGGCGCUGGGAGAAAAAAAACUCCGCAGCUGUUGUGAAUGUGGCUGGCGAUUUGCAAUUUCCAUUCGAAAUGUGUCAAUGAGAAGAAGAAGAGAGAGAGAACUGUAGAGAGCGAGGUGAAGGGUACUAUUGGUAGAGAGAUUCGGAUAAACAGAGAGAGAGGGAGGGAGACGUAGAGGGAGAGAGUGAAAGAGAGAGCGACAUAGAGUGAAAGCAGGAGGGAGAGGGACCGAGGAGAGGCGAAGGAGAGAGCCUACACCGAGUGCAUGCUGCCAGUGUUUGCGCUCGAUGCUCGUGUCGAGGUGAGUGUGGUCGAGCCAGGUGGAAUAACACGGCGGCGCUGGAGGGGAAACUAGUUUUUUUUUCUUUUCCCCAAAUCCACAAGUAUAGACUCUUAAGGAUCUAUCGCGACCGGGAUCUCGUCAGUGGCGAGCAGGGUGGACAUGUCAUCUCUUUCUAUCGCGAUCUGCCUCCUCGUCCUCGGCGUCUACAGGGCUGCGCUAUCGGCCAGUCAUUAUAACUGCGAUGGCCCACUGGUGUCCACGUUGCCCGACGCCUCUUUCCACAGCUCUUCCCAGUCCUCUGUGGGUAAUGCGCCCCAGUUUGCAAAGCUGAACAGGCGAGAGGGGGGGGGAGGCUGGUCUCCGAUGCCGACAGAGAAGGAACCCUGGUUCCAGCUGGACCUCAGGGACAGGAUGGAGGUGACGGCGGUGGCCACACAGGGGCGCCACGACAGCUCGGACUGGGUCAGCAGCUACAUGCUCCUCUACAGCGACACAGGCCGGGCCUGGAAGCAGUACCGGCAGGAGGACGGCGUCGGGAGGCUGCCUGGGAACAUGAACUCUGAGGCCGUGGUGCAGAACAAGCUCUCCCAUUCCAUCAGAACACGUUUCCUGCGGCUUCUCCCUCUGGACUGGAACCCCAGUGGCUGGCUGGGCCUCAGAGUGGAGGUGUACGGCUGUGCCUACAAGUCGUACGUGGCGGACUUUGACGGCCGCAGCUCCCUGCUCUACCGCUUCAACCAGAAGUCCAUGUCCACAGUGAAGGACGUGGUCUCCCUGCGCUUCAAGAGCCGGCAGGCCGAGGGCGUGCUGCUGCACGGGGAGGGCCAGAGGGGAGACUACAUCACCCUGGAGCUCCACCGCGGGCGGCUGGCGCUCUACCUCAACCUGGACGAGAGGGACGACACAAGGCUGAGAUCCAGCGGUGGGCGUAGCGUGGCGGUCUCUCUGGGCAGCCUUCUGGACGACCAGCACUGGCACUCGGUCCUCAUCGAGCGCUUCAACAAGCAGGUCAACCUCACGGUGGACUCCCACACACAGCACUUCCGCACCAAGGGAGAAGGGGACUCCCUGGAGGUGGACUAUGAGUUAAGUUUUGGGGGUAUCCCCCUUCCCGGCAAGCCUGGCACCUUCAUCAGGAAGAACUUCCACGGCUGCAUUGAGAACCUGUACUACAACGGGAUCAACAUCAUCGACCUGGCCAAGAGACGCAAGCCCCAGAUAUACAGCGUGGGCAACGUGACCUUCUCCUGCUCAGAGCCCCAGCAGGCUGCCGCCACCUUCCUGAGCUCCAGCGCCAGUUUCCUGUCGCUCCCGGCAACGGUGGCGGCGGCGGCGGCGGCCGCUGCGGGCGGCACGGGGGGAGCGUUCUCGCUGCGCUUCCAGUUCCGGACGUGGAACGCCGACGGGCUGCUGCUCUCGGUCCGUCUGGCCCCCGAGCCCCAGAGAGUGGAACUGCAGAUCAGCGGCAGCCGGCUGCGUCUCACCCUCCACACCUCUGCCCAGCAGAAGUCCCAGGUCUCUACUGGGCACAGAUUGAACGAUGGAUUGUGGCACUCGGUAACCCUGGACACACAAAACCACCAGAUCAGCCUGAGCCUGGACAAUGAACCAGCGUCCACUGUGGAACUAGGAGAGCGUUUGGACGCCGUGGACCAUGUUUAUUUUGGAGGUUGCCCUUCGUCCACAAGCACCUCUUACUGUGAGAACCCUACCACGGCGUUUCAGGGCUGCAUGCGGCUUAUAGUCAUCAACGGCCGGCCCACCAGCCUCCACGACGUCCAGCAUGGCCUCCUGGGGAACUACAACGGCCUUAGCUUUGACAUGUGCGCCAUUCAUGACAGAUGUCUGCCGAACCUGUGCGAGCACGGAGGCCAGUGCUCCCAGUCCUGGAGCUCUUUCCACUGUGACUGCUCGGGAACCGGGUACUCGGGGGCCACCUGCCACAACUCCCUCUACGAGUCGUCCUGCGAGGCCUACAAACUGACAGGCAGCUCCUCGGGCUACUACUCCAUUGAUCCGGAUGGCAGCGGACCCCUGGGGCCCGCGCGGGUCUACUGCAACAUGACGGAGGACAAGGUGUGGACGGUGCUGGACCACAGCAGCAGUGCUCCAGUGAGGGUGCAGGGCUCCUCCCCCCAGAAGCCCUACAUCAUGAGGUUCAACUACAGCGCCUCGCCGGAGCAGCUGCGCGCCAUAGUGACGGGCUCCGAGCAGUGUCAACAGGAAGUGGUGUACCGCUGCAGGAAGUCCCGGCUCUUCAACGCAUGGGACGGCACCCCGAUGUCCUGGUGGCUGGACCAGGCUGGGGAGAGGAGAACCUACUGGGGGGGCUUCCUGCCUGGGGUCCAGCAGUGCUCCUGUGGCCUGCAGGAGAACUGCCAGGACAUGAACUACUUCUGUAACUGCGACGCCGACGUCAACAAAUGGUCUAACGACACAGGAGUGCUCUCCUAUAAGGAACACUUGCCAGUGAGCCAGAUUGUGAUCGGAGACACAAACCGAACAGGCUCAGAGGCGGUGUACCAAGUCGGAGCUCUGCGUUGUUAUGGCGACAAGUCGACGUGGAACGCGGCCUCCUUCUACCAGGAGUCCUCGUACCUCCACUUCCCCACCCUCCAGGCAGAGCUGGGCUCCGACAUCUCCUUCUACUUCAAGACCAGCGCCCCCUCGGGGGUCUUCCUGGAGAACCUGGGCCUCAAGGACUUCAUCCGAGUGGAGCUCAGCUCUCCGUCGGCGGUGGCCUUCUCCUUCGACGUGGGCAACGGGCCGGCGGUGCUGACCGUCAAGUCCCACGUGCCCCUGAACGACCGGCAGUGGCACUACGUGCGGGCGGAGCGCGGCGUGCAGGAGGCCUCGCUGCAGGUGGACCAGCUGCCCCUGCGCUUCCUGGAGGCGCCGGCCGACGCACACGUCCGCCUGCAGCUCAACAGCCAGCUGUUUGUGGGGGGGACGGCCUCCAGGCAGAGGGGCUUCCUGGGCUGCAUCCGAACGCUCGCCAUCAACGGCGUCCACUUUAACCUGGAGGAGAGGGCCAGGAUGACGCCGGGCGUCAGCUCCGGCUGCCCCGGUUACUGCAGCGGCUCCAGCAGCCUCUGCCACAACAGGGGACGGUGCAUCGAGAAGAGCAGCGGCUACGUCUGCGACUGCUCCCAGUCCGCCUACGGGGGCCCGUCCUGCAGAGAAGAGGUGUCGGUGUCCUUUGACAGCGAGUCCUCGGUCACCUACACCUUCCAGGAGCCCUUCUCGGUCAUGCAGAACCGGAGCUCGCAGGCCUCCAGCGUGUCCAGAGAGAGCAGCCGAGCCAGGGAGAACGUGGCCUUCAGCUUCCUCACCUCCCAGCGGCCCGCCAUGCUGCUGAGCGUCGGCACCUUCAGCCAGCAGUACAUCGCCGUCAUCCUGGCCACCAACGGGUCUCUGCAGGUGUGGUACCGGCUCCACGCGGACAGAGGGCCGGACGUCUUCUGCGCCAGCCGCCAGAACCUGGCUGACGGGUACCUGCAUCGGGUCCGAAUCCACCGAGAGGGAAGAGACGUUUACGUGCACAUUGACAAGGACACAGACCUCAGGUACAGUCUGUCAUCCGACGCAGAGUUAAUCUCAAUCAAAUCACUGACUUUGGGGAAAGUCACAGGGCUUCACAUCACCGACGCAGCGGUGAGACAGGCGGGGUUGAAAGGUUUCAUUGGCUGCCUCUCCUCAGUGCAGUUCAAUCACAUCGCGCCACUGAAGGCAGCACUCCUCAACCGAGGAAGCUCAUUGGUCAGUGUGCGCGGCCAGCUGGUCGAAUCAAACUGCGGUGUGCUUGCCGACUCCAAAGUUUCAGAGACGGUUGACAGAGGCAAGGAACCAUUGAGGAAUGCCUCUCAAAGUAACUCGGCAGUAAUUGGAGGUGUGGUGACGGCGGCGGUCUUCGUGGCGCUGUGCGCGCUGGCGGUGCUCAGCCGCUUCCUGUACCAGCAGCGGGCGGAGCGGAGGAGCCUCCAGGAGAAGGAGAACCGCCAGGCCCUGGAGACGGCCUACCGCACCGAGCUGCACCUCCACGGCGCCGGCGUCAGGGACAACAUGAAGGAGUACUACAUAUGACGGGGGGCGGGGGACUCACGCCAGCGGGCACCGCCAUCAAGCGCUCUGCCUCCGGGACACCCCCCCCCCCCUCUCUCAGACUCACCGCUCAGCUCUCUUCCUCCUCUGGAAAUGACCCGACUUUGAAACCCCACCGAGGGAAACACGUCCGCAGACUUUCUCGGCAGGAAGAAAUUAGACGGAUGGACCGUUUUUGACGGUAUAACGUGAGGGGGAGGAACAGAAUGAGGGGAGGGAGGGAGGGGGG